AUGUCAUCGCCUGCUACCGGCAAGGAUCCUCCCACCAAGGACAACAAAGAAGACUACUUCACUGCGAUACCCACGGAGAUGUUCGCCAAUGUGGCGUCGAUGCUAGACGACAAGGAUCAACUCGCGCUACGCCAGACUUGCCACUUUGCGAAGGUAGUGGUGCAAACUGCAUUCAACAAGCGAUACGUCGAAUGCUUGCUCAUCAAGAUCCAACCAAGCAGAGAAGACGAGCUUGAAGCCAUCCUCGGUCUCCUGACCACAGACGACUUCGCUGUCGCCGUGAAGAAGGUCAAACUCGUUGUUCUUGGCCCCAGCUGCGGCAGCUUCAAGUACUACACCAAAACCUUCAGCAAGAUCCUCUCGAAGCUUCCGGUCCAGCUUGAUGUCGAGAUCGAUGGCUCCAACUCAAUCGGACUGGACGACACAGAGGUCCCAGCAGCCGCCGAUGGCUUCCUCCAGGCUCUGGCACAGUCUUCGCAGCAGGUUUCCUCACUGAAGAUAUCCUACAUCUUCCUCGGGACCACCCGCUUGAGGGCUCUGUUCGCUGCGCAGAAGCCGUACCUCCGAAGCAUCGACCUUCAGAUGUUGGUGUUGCAGUAUGGGUCCUGGGGUGGUUUGUUGCGGACUUUCGUCGACGGAGAACUAGACUCCUUCUACUUCUUCCACCUCGAAGUGGCGACCGAGCCGGAGGAACAAGUGCUGGCCUCUAGGAUACUCACCGACCGCUCGAUCAAGAACAAGCAGGGAGAGGAGAUCGGAAACAUCAAGCUCGGACUUGGUAUGGCGCAGCUCAAGGGGCCCAAGUGUGUUAGGAAGGGAUUGAAGAAGAUCUUCAAGGAGUAA